GCAUCCGUGUGCCAUGAUUAAGGACCUUUCUCAUAUAAAUAUUUUAUCUCCAAUCUGAAGGAAGUGCUCUAUCCUGCGAAAGAACCAAUUACAGGGAAUCGUUGUUAUAGAUACACAUCAACAAUAAAAUUAACCGAUAUAUAUAGAAGCAAUCUACAGGGUAUUGUUUAUAGGACCAAGACAUAAGUGUGUUUAUACUUCAGGGAGUUAUAUAAAGUGCUUUGUAUUUAACAAUGGGUGAACCGAUAGAUUUAGUCCAAAGGGAUCCGAAUUCAAUUAAUGCACAUUUAGGGACCCUCUUCUUCAAUGAUGUAAUAGCCGAACCUGACGGAAUUCACAGUAUUGAUUGUGUCUGGAAACUUUCAUGGAAAUGUUUCGAAUUAUGGAAGAAAUUGUGCUACGUCAUCAUGACCGCGUGUUGUGGUCUAUGUAUCGCUGCUGAAUGGGGAUGUGAGUUCGCCUACAUCGCUUUCUGUCAUAUCUGGUUCAUCACACCAUCCUUAAAGAUUCUUGAAAUUAAUUGCGGAGUUUGCCAGAAGAUUUAUGCAACUCUUGUUAACUGUUGCAUGGUACCAUGCUGUGAGGCUUGUGGAGCUAUAUUUAACGCUUUUAGGAAAUGAAAUCAAGACAUGUACGGAUUACCUCAGCGUGCCAUUCGUUUGUACUUAUUGAUUUAAGAUCAUUAAUAUUGUCUUUUUUCGUGCCAUAGUCUAUGAUUUUAUUGUUUUGUUUAUGUUAUUGAUUUUAUAAG